AUGAUUAAAAUGUUCAAUUGUUUACCCAAAUGUUACUGUAUCUUCUCUUUUCUCUUUGUUGUGUCCCAAAUUCCCACCGCUCUAUCUAAUUGCCCCUCUUCUAUUUCCUUUUUUUUUUCUUUUCUAUUGUUUUGUAUCCCUACUUUGUUUUUUCUCUUUUUUAUUAUCUCUCUACAGUUUCUUUUUUCCGUCUUUUUUCUUUUUUUUCCUCUUUCAUAUUAUCCCUUUUCUAAUCCCUCUUCCUUGUGUUUCCUUUUUCUCUAUCUUCCUUCUUAUUGUUCUACUUUUAUUUCUUAUUCAUUGUCUUCUCUUUUUAUCCUUCUUUCACAAUUCCUUUUUCGCGUCGAUCCUCUCUUCCCAUUCUCUUUUAUAUCUUCGACCUUUUUCUUUUUCUGCUUCACUCAUCUUUCUCUCAUUUUUUUCCCCUUGUCUCACUUCUGUUUCCCCAACCGUUUAUUGUGUUUUUCUCUUUCAUUUUCUUUGAUAACCUUUUUCUAUUUCUUUAUUGUAAUCUCUUUUUCUCUUUCUUUUCCCCAUUACCCUUCUUUUACUUCCUCUACAUUGUGUUUUUUCUGUUUCUUACAACUUUACUCAACUGCUAUUUCCUCUAAUUUAUGUUUCUCUUUUUUUUUUCCUACUUCUUAUUGCCUCUUUUUUGUUUCUUCUUUUUUUAUUGGCACUAUUCGCUUUCUUCUCCUUGCUGCCUCUUUUCUCUUUAAUCUUCUUUCUUUUUCUAUUUCUAUAUCUUCUUCUAUUUUCUCCCCCUCCUCUUCACUUUCCCUCCUCUCUUUUCUUUUCCUUAUGUCCUUUUUUUCUUUCUGUUCCUUCUUGUAUCCUUUGUCUCUUCUUCAUUAUUUGUAUUGUCUCUUGUCCUUUCUUUUUCACUUCUUUUUUCCCACUUUUUAUAACGAUCAUUUUAAUUUAUUUUACGCUUAUUCAUUAAUUCAUUAG